UGGUGGUUGAACACGCUUUCCCGUUUGCAAUACCUACCGUGCCUUCCUUCUCAAUCCACAAAACUUGAAAGUUUUCCUUUCGUUGCGAGUUGCCUUUAACCGAGUCUCUCGUUUUUUUUAUUUCAGAUGCUUCGUGGAGAAACCGAGAGUAGCCAUAUUGCAAAUCAAGCUUCAGUAUGCGAUCAAUCCUCAUUCUUCUGGCGGUUCUCGCUACCGCCGUUCAUUCUCUCGCGCCCACAGACGAGAUUCAAGAUGCGGACCCAGCACAGUCUUCUUACCUUAGUAAUCACAAUAUGGAUCCGUCCAUUGUCGGAUCCUUGAGUUUUGGGAUUCUCUGGAAGAACCAGUAUGGGCUUAAAGAGAGAUGGUAUGCGAAGCCAUUAGUUUACACUCCACCUGGAGCUUCGCAGCUGGUAUUUCUUGCAUCUGCCAUGAAUGUUAUUCGAACUGUCGAUGCGGUAAAUGGCACUCUACUCAAUAGUCGGACGCUUCAACCACCUUUUCUUCAAAUUGACAUUGGCUGUACAGACAUUCCCGAUUACAUUGGUGUUAUUGUAUGUCGAAUCAUCCCCUUUUAUAUCUGAUAAUUCUGACUUGAUUUGAUAGGGCACCCCAAUUAUUGAUCCCAGCACUAGUACGGCAUACUUCUUUUCCAAAGGUUACAAGAAUGGAGCGUCAAAUGGUGGUCCUGUAAAUGGUUAGCCCAAGUAUACUACACCGAGGCCUAGUUUGCUGAUCGUCGGAUAGGUAUCUACAAAUUCUAUGCUGUAGAUGUGCAAACACUGAAAGACCGACCUGGAUUUCCCAUACUCAUCGAUGGGAAUUUUGCAGAUAACGAUCACGCAAGGUGAGAAUUUUGAGAAAAUCUUGAAUCGAGCCUAAUUCUUGUAGAUAUUUCAUUGGCGGUACCGUAUUGCAACGUACAUCAGUAACUAUGAUUGGAAAUGUUGUAAUCGGUGGUUUUGGCGGUCACUGCGAUCUGUUCAACUACACAGGAAUGCUGGUAGCCGUCAGUAAAUCGCCGGGAGUUGGUUUGUUUAUCUGACGAACUUUAUCGCUUCUCCUUCUAACACAAGUCCAGGAGUUACUUCACUUUAUGCCAUGGAAUCAAGUCCUGGUGCGCCACCAGUAGUCUCGGAUAUUACUGUACAGCAAGGUGGUAAAGCAGGUAUAUGGCAAGCUGGUCAAGGAUUCGCUACGGACGGGAAUAGGCUCUUUCUCGUUACUGGGUACUUCAUAAUAUGCCCAGUAUUUUGAAUUGCGCUGAUAUGAAAUAGGAAUGGUGAAGGACACAACAAUGGAGAUGUACCAGCAUCGGGACGAACACCAUUAUCGACCUUGGAUGAGGUUGUUGCCAGCUUUACUGUAUCUGACGCUGGAAAGCUUUCUCUUUCGGACUAUUUUGAACCAUAUGAAUAUCUUUCCAUGGACGCUGGUGAUCGAGAUCUUGGAUCUGGUGGGGUCACAUUACUAGAUCCGGAUGUUUUCAAAGGUGCUGGAGUCUCCAGAAUUGGUAUAGCGUUGGGAAAGAAUGGCAAAGCUUAGUGAGUUUAUGUGGACUCAAAGCAUUUUCUAGCUGACGUUUGAAGCAUCAUGAAUGCGAACAACCUCGGAGGCUUCAAACAAGGACCUGGAGGCAAGUUUUUCACUUACCCGCCAGAAGCUUGCUAAGGUGAAAUAGGGACUGACAAUAUCAUCCAAACAAUCAUUACACAAGGAAGCAUCUUCGCAGGUGCUGGAUCAUAUCCACUUGAGGGCGGUUACAUUUAGUAAGCGAGAGUUGCUUUGAAUUUUGAGUCUAGGCUAACUCAAGUAGCUUUACUCCAGUUGGUGUGCUAAGACUCCUACGAAGUGUGUAGUUGAAUUGCUGAUUUGCUAGGUUAUCCGACCGUGUGCUACAAAAUUGGCCACGAUUCCCAAGGUGCACCUCUCUUCACUCUUGUAGGUCAGACGGCAGUAGCCGGUGCUGGGCGUGUCGGAAUCGGUAAUUUCCCUUCUGAUUGGUUGUGAAUUGACGGCUGAUGAUUCAAGGUACUCCAACAAUCACUACAAACAAUAACAAGCCAGGGACUGGAAUAUUGUGGAUUACAGAUCCAAAUGCCGGUGUUCGAGCUUUUCAUGCAGUGCCUGGUAUGGAUCAACUUAAUCGAAUAAAAUGAAUUCCCUUUACUAACAUAAUUCAGUCAAUGGAGUGCUCACUCAAAUUCCGAUUACACCCACGGGAGGUCUGAACAAAUUCCUACGACCAGCAUUUGGGGACGGGAGACUGUAUGUUUCAGACAGCAAUGGUAAUGUUAUUUGCCUCGGAUCACCUGUAGCGCUUCCACUUAAAUGUUCUUCACCUAUUGACUUUGGCAAUACUCCAAUCGGAAGUACAAACACGAAGACCAUUAACUGCACAGCCCUGAUCGGAAUCAAUUCAAUUAAUGGCUGCGUGACAGGAGAUAAAACCUGGCAAUGUUCGAACAGCACUCUUCCAAAAGGUCCCCUAACCCAAGGAGCACAGUUUUCUUUUCCGGUAACGUGGAAUCUCACGCAAGCUUCGAUAAACGACGCUCAAAAUGCAUCUUUCGGUAAAAUUCUUCCAGGAGUUUUCAGUACAAGUCUUAACAUUUAUACCUCAAAUGCUGUGCUAAAAUAUAGCGAGAUACUUCCGAUCUCACUAAGUGGUACGACUGUAUCGAAAUCUGCGUUUCUUACAGUCGCACCUCCUGAGGUAGACUUUGGAGGUAUUGUCAUAGGUUCUGAUGGUGCAAAGACUGGGUCAUCUGCAGCUGUUAUUGUUUCCAAUGUUGGCACAGAAACUUUGACAUUCUUGGGACUCGCAUGGACGAAGAGCGUUGACUCUGGAGAUGGACCCGUAAAAUAUACAAACAUCACAGAUGGAAAUCUUGGAAGUGGUUUUAGCUCCACAAGUCUUCCAAAAGUCGGCCAAACGCUUACCACUGGUCAAUCACUAACAAUUCCUCUCAAGUUUCUGGCUACCGUGACAGGGGCCUAUAGUACAUUCUUACAAAUCUGGAGUACAGGUGGAACCGAAUAUAUCCUUCUCACCGGUUCUGCUUCCACAGCAGCUAUUGCUAACAUAUCUGUUUCGACCGUUGAAGGCGGAUGGGAUUAUUCGAACCCUGUCGUGAUGAACUUUGGAAUUGUUCGCGCUGGUUCUACUCAAUCUAGAUCCAUCCGAAUCUGUAAUUCUGGAGGCACCGCGUUGCACAUUACAAAAAGCAAACCACCGAUUGAUACGGAACUUUUCGCACCCAAUUCCGCUGUUGACUUGCAUGAAGCUCAAUCUAUUGAUGUCAACUCAUGCGCUUUGGGUCAGGUUUCCAUUUCAGCUGCUCCUCUUGGAGUCAAUCGACUUGACCAUAAAGUCUCGGAUGUGUGGAUUUUGAACACUGAGUAGGUAUCGUCGCUCCAGGAAAGGAGGAUAGACUAAGAAUUAAUAGUGAUUUGAAUUUCGGCGUUCACGAUGUCCAAAUAUCAGCAAAUAUUGUGACAAAUCAGACGGGACCGCUGUUACAAAAUGGAUCUGCUCAAUACUUAUAUCUAGGAUGUUAUAACGAUGGAAAUGGAAGGCAAUUACAGAAGCAGUUCAGUUCUCCUGACAACGAAAACGGACAAUGCCAGACAACAUGCUUCAAAGCUGGUUAUAUGUUUGCUGGUACUGAAUAUCGUAAGUUGAACUGCUUACACAGAGAAAAUCGACAUUGCUGAUAUUGGUAGAUACCGAGUGCUGGGUUUGUUGAUUCCCCGCUGCUGAAAUCAUUGUCUGACAAAGAGGUAGUGUGGAAAUAAAGCUCCAAUAGCUCUUAGAUAGUAAGUAUUGCCUUUGGCAUUCAUAGGACAGUACUGAUUGAGAAAGUACCCCCGAAUCUGCAAAAGAAUGUUCUUUCAGUUGUCCUGGAAAUACAGCACAGGCUUGUGGUGGUGCUGGCUCUUUUGCAUCCAUUUAUUAUGAUCGAACGAAAUACACUCCAGGCCCGGAUUCUAUUCCCAUAGGAGCUCAACUCCCUGCAAGCUCGCUGGUAGUUUCACAACCAGGAGAAAGCUCAACUUCAUCAUCUAAUUCUGAUACGACUUCUUUGAUAUCAGCGCCCGCUUCACAGACUGCUGACAGCACGUUGACUUCACCUGAGUCUGCCACGACUACUUCGAUAUCUGUGUCAAUUUCACAAACUGAAGCUACGUCAAUUUCUGAGCCAGUCACACUUUCUUCGAUAUCAAUAUCAGCUUCCGAAACUGUUGGAAGCACAUCAACUGCAUCCAAUCCUAUCACAGCUGCGUCUUCAUUAUCUUUAUCGGUUCCACAGACGAUUGAAAGUCCAUCAACAUUCGAAUCAUCUGUAGCGUUGUCGAGUCCCAUAUCAACUGCUUUGCCAAGCUCAGGGUCCGGCAGUACAUCUAAUAGCCAGCAACUGACUACUUUAAGUCCAAUUUCCGGCACCUCGACUCUCAUAUUCUCUAGUGUCACAUCAGCUACAUUGGCUCCGUCGAGUGUGCCAAGUAUUGGGGCUUUCAAAUUCGCUGGCUGUUACACGGAAGCUACCACAGGUCGAGCAUUAAGCGAGAAAAACCAAUCCAAUGAGCACAUGACUAUUGAAGCUUGCGCGAGUUUCUGUCAAGGGUACACCAUGUUUGGGUUGGAAUAUGGCAAAGAGUGUAAGGCUUUCAGGACCGGUAAAAAGAUAUCACUGACAACCAUAGGUUAUUGUGGGAACAAACUUAAUGCCGGUAGCAUCUCCGCUCCUGAGAGUAGUUGCUCCUUGGCAUGUAAAGCAAAUACCCUUCAAUACGUAAGUGUCAUCUAUGAUAUUUCUUCUUAUGCUAAUUUGAUUGCAGUGUGGGGGAUUUUCGAGACUGUCUUUAUAUAGCAAUGUCAACGGAGGGCCUGAACUCAGUUCAUCAAAUGCAAUCUCUUCAACGAUAGGUCAAAUUAUCACAUCAACAACCACCUCUAAUUCACUUACUACGGCAAACACCCUCUUGACAUCUACGACCUCCCUCCUCAGCAAACCAACAACAACAACCCUCAUCCAAGGCUUCACUCCCCUAGGCUGCUUCUCCGACCCAGCCGGAGGCCCCUUCACAGGGCACAACAUGCCCAAACUCUUCAGCAACGACAGCAUGACACCCUCUCUCUGUAUCUCCUCCGCGCUCGCACGUCUCUCUGCUACACCAGCCACUACCUACGCCUACGUCGCACUGGAAUACGGGCGAGAAUGUUAUGCUCAUACCGCGGCUCCCUCCCCACAGCCUACGAACUUGGUGGGUAGCAAGGCUUGUACCUUUCCGUGCAAGGGAAACUUGGGCGGUGAGAAGGAGAAGGAAAAGGAGAAGUGUGGAGCGAGGAAUAUGUAUAAUUUGUGGGUGGCUACUAGUGUUGGGGAGGUGGCGUGGACGAAGACGGGGGGUGUGAGUACGACUGGUACGAGUGUUUGAGGAUUGAUGGGGUGAGUUGACUUUGAUUUUGGAAGAUUUUUGGGGGAAAUAUGGGAUUUAGUGCGUAUAUCUUGGGAUGGGUGUUGUUUGCAAGUGAGGAAAUGGUUAGGUAAUGUAGGAGGAGAUGGGAUGACGUUGCAAAAGAAACACGGAUUUUGGGGAGUAUUUAAUGGCUGAGAAGUAUACAUAGGUAGAUAUUGAAGGCUCUCUGCAUGAGU